AUGACUUCCCCUGCUACCACGCAGAACGUUUCGGCGAACUCCAACGCGACGUCUUCCUCGGCAUCCUACGCUUCUGCAGCUGGUGCUUCUGGCAAGGCCGCUGCGACGCCGGUGAUUGCGACGGGCUCUUCUUCCCCCGUCGUAGUCGGCUCCUCUUCUCUUCCCACGAACGCGAGCACCAGCAAUGCUCGUCCUGCUUCCGUGUCGCCACUAAAUGGUAGCGCCGGCAGCAGCAACACACCCACUGCAACUAACGCAAACAUGAGCGGAAACGCCGCGCCUUCCCAGGGCGCACCUGCCACUGCCAACGGCAGCAGCAGCAGCAACAACGGCAAGCCGAUCACCCCGGCCGUCCCCGCCGUUCUGAACGGCAGCUCUGCCGCCGAACACGCUCGCAAGAGCUCUGUCACCAUCAGUGCUACCGGCCCAAGCAGCUUCAUUGCUAACGGCGGCUCGUCCGGUGCCGGCGCCAAGGCACCUAUCCCCAAGUUUGGCUACGACGAGUCGCCUGCCAUUGCGCACUCCACGCCCUCGCAGCCCAUUGCCGGCAGCAACCAGCAGAUACCCUCCCCGGCCCAGUCGCCCAUUCCUAUCCCCCAGCCUUCUGCCAGUGGUGGCAGACCCCCAUCAGUCAUCUCUCAAGAUGGUGCUAGCAUGAAGUUUGGAAGCUUUGGCGGUGACGGCGACCGCCAUUUGAAACACGGCAACUUUUCGAACGUCCCCGGUAGCAACCUGCCAGUGGGCAGCCCUUCCGCGCACUACCGCCGCGGCUCGACACACUCGGUCCAGAGCGAUAUGGGCAACCACGCCGGCAACCACCCGGCCCAUGGUAACCACAACAACCACGGUCACCAUGGUGGUCCCGGCACCAACCGCGGCGGUUUCCAGCCCGGUGGUGGCCGUGGCGGCCGUGGCUACAACGGCAGCACCCACUACAACAACCAGGCCAUGCCCUUCCAGCCCGGCGCGGGCCCCUAUCCUCGUGGUCCCUCCGGCGGUGGCCGUGGCGGUAUGGCGCCCCAGUUCCAACCACGUGGCGGCAUGCACCCCAACUUUGGCCCCAACUCGCCCCAGACCGCAGCCGCUCGCGUCAGCCCCGCUAUCCCCCCGGCCGUGCCCAACAACGGCACUCCCCAGAUGCAGAACGCCAUCCCCGUUCCCGGUGGCUCGCCCUACAUGCAGAUGCAAUACGCUAACACUACGGGUUUCCCGCCCCACUCCAACGUAAAUACCGUCCCCUUUCCCCAUCAUUUUAAAUCCAGCCAGCAAGAAGGCAGUGAUCAGCAAGGCCAGAACCAGCCGACAUACAGAGGUGGAGUCUACAGAAAGAAAGGCGCGCGCGGUGGAGGAUUUGGAAGUGAAAGAGGUGGAUUUGGAGGGGGCGACAGACGUGGUGACAGACAUAAUGGUGGUGGAGGUGACAGACACUUCUCCUACCAACCCCGCGCCUUUGAUUCUGCGUCCAAGUGUUCAGACUCGCAAAAGCAACAGCAACAGCAGCCGCCGCAGCAGCCGCCGCUGUCGCUUCAACAGCGUCAGCAUCAGCAGCAGCAGCAGCAACAGCAGCAGCAACCUCACAAGAAAGAGCAUGAGCAACAGCAGCAACAACAGGAAUUUAAGAAAGGCAAACCUCGUCGCUACAGCAAGCGUUGGCCGGACGCGGAGCAGCCGAAGGAGCCGCCCAUGGAACCCAAGUACUCGUACCGGUUCGCCGCGGCUCCCUUUGUGAGCGCUUUGCAUCCCGCAAUAGUGACUGAGCAGCAGGGACCAGUGCCCCCGCAUUUACCGCCUCCUCGGCGCCAUCUUGCCGCCGCUGCCGCCGCCGCCAUCAAUAACAGCAGCGGCGGCGACAAGAGCUUCAACAGCCUCAACAGCGUCAACGGCAUCAGACGCCCCAUUGUGAACGACUUGUCGCCUGCCAGUGGCAACUAUGAACGCCUGCUAACUACAAAGCAACAGAACUACCCGCCGUACCAGCAACCUGGUCCGCAUCAACAGCCGCACCUGCACCAACAGCAGCAUGGCCCCAACGGCUCGCCGUAUAUGGGCUACCCAGGGUAUGCCCAGGUAAACCCCUACGUAGGCAACUUUAACCAGCAACCGGGCAACGCGUACAACAUGCCGUAUAUGGGAGGCCAGCAGCAGUUUAACGUGCCUGGUGGCGCCCCGUCUAUGUCGCGUACCUCGUCCCAGGCUGCCUCGGAGCGCCCCAACUCGAGCACAGGCCAGGUUCAGACCCCUGUCUCCACGCAUGCCGCGCUGGCUGUUCCCGGCGCCCCUGGCAGUGCCCAAAAGACCCCGGCUGGCGCUGCCGGUGCUCAGUUUGUGAAGCCCAAGAAGAACGCCAUUGUCAUCAAGAAUCCCCAGGGCGAGACCCUCGACUUCAACAAGAUGGCCCCAGCUUCGCCCGGCCCCAACACCCCGGCUGUGUCGCGCACGCCCCCUGUGCCCGUGUCUGCCACGCCGCCACCGCAGUCCAAACCUGCCACACCUGCUGCUACGCACACGAGAACCGAGAGCGCCUCGGUUGGCAAGUCAGCCGAGCAGCUCCGCAACGAGUUCAAGGAGCAGGUCCGUAAGACGGCCGGCACUCCGACCGAGGCGGACAGCAAGGCUAAGGCUGCCGAGCCUGCCAAGGCUGAGGAGAAGAAGUCCGAGCCUGUCAUUGUCUCGUCGACCCCUGCUGUUGUUUCUACUCCUGCCCCUGCCAAGGCGGAGGAGAAGACCACGACCGCACCUGUCGAGAAGGCCGCCGAGGCCGCCAAGACUGCCGAGGUCAAGGAGCCCACCAAGGAGCCCGCUACAGAGCCCGCCAAGGCUGAUGCUGCACCCGCCACCCCUGCUGAGGACGAAGAGGACGAGAUGGAGCGGAUGAUCCGUGAGAUGGAGGAGGCCGAGGCUAAGCGUGAGGCCGAAGCUGCUGCUUACGAGAUCAAGAAGAAGGAGCGCGCCGCCGAGGAGAAGAGGAAGUUGGAUGCGGACCGUGCUGCAAACGCUGCGGCCAACGACGAGAAGCUGCGCGAGCAGGAGCGCGAGAUGGAGCGCCUCGAGGAGGAGCGUGAGCGCCAGCGGAAACAGAACGAGGCCGCUGCUGCUUCGGGUGGCAAGGUCAAGUCUGUGGCUGAGGUUUUGGCCGAGAAGAUCUCUGACAUCACCCUGAGUGACCGCAAGGAGUCCGCCGCUGCUUCGUCGACGGAUGCCCUGACUAGCAAGCUGGGCGACCUCAAGAUCACCGACCGUACUGGCCCCGCUCUGUCGCCGUCGUCGGAGACGUCUGCCGGCAAGCGCGCCAAGCCGUCGGCUCUGAACCUGGCCCCCAUCAACACCAAGUCGGUGGAGCCGCCCCAGCCGAGCGCAGCGCUGCAGUCGCUGAAGACGGCUCGCUUCCUGCGCGACCCCACGGCCAUCAUGUACCCCAAGGGCAUCCAGUCUCCCAACCCGGCGCUGAACCCGGCCGUCAACAAGAAGGGCAACUUCAAGUAUGACAUGGGCUUCCUGCUGCAGUUCAAGGACGUCUUUGUUGAGAAGCCGUCUCUGGACUUUGACCAGCAGGUCAAGCAGCUGAUUGGCGACGGCGAGGGCGCGUCGCGCUCGGGCACGCGCACGCCGGCCGGCAGCAACGCAGGCCGCCAGAACUCGCGCACCAAUGCCGCUGCCGCGUUCACCUCGACGGGCGCCAUGGGAUCGUUCAAUUCCAAGCCUCUGCCGCCUGGCACGACCUCGGAGCAGCGGUUCGCCAUGGCCAGCGGCUCCAUGCCGCGCCCCGUGGGCGCCAUGUCCUCGUUUGGCCGCCCCGGUGGUUUCCCGGGUCCCAGCAACAUGACCCGCACACCCUCGUCGUCCAUUGGCGGUGGCAUGCCCAACUCGCCGCGCCAGGGCAGCCGGUCCACGCGCGGCAACAGCCGCCAGGCCGGCCACAAUGCAAAGGCUGAGGCCCAGGCUGCUAAGACCAUGCCUCUGACUCAAGGCAUGGAGCUGAAGCCUAUCUCGAUUUCAGCCUCCGGCUGGAAGCCCACAAGCAUCGCCAACCGGGCCCCUGGCGCGGCCGGCGCCGGCGCCUCUGCGCCUGGUGCGACCCCGACCACCAUGGACCCCGACAUGGUGCAGCGCAAGGUCAAGGCUGCGCUGAACAAGAUGACGCCCGAGAAGUUUGACAAGAUCUCGGACCAGAUCCUGACGAUUGCUCUGCAGUCCAAGGACGAGGAGGACGGCCGCACGCUGCGGCAGGUCAUCCAGCUGACGUUUGAGAAGGCGACGGACGAGGCGCACUGGGCGCCCAUGUACGCGCGUUUCUGCAAGUGCAUGCUGGACCGCAUGAGCCCCGAGAUCCGGGAUGUGACGAUCAAGGACAAGAAGGGCGACGUUAUCAGCGGCGGCACGCUUUUCCGCAAGUACUUGCUGAACCGGUGCCAGCAGGAGUUUGAGCGUGGCUGGAAGGUGGAUCUGCCGCAGCCCAAGGAGGGCGAGUCCAAGGAGACGGCCAUGCUGUCGGACGAGUACUACGAGGCGGCCGCUGCCAAGCGUCGCGGUUUGGGUCUGGUGCAGUUCAUUGGCGAGCUGUACAAGCUGGGCAUGUUGACGGAGCGGAUUAUGCACGAAUGUGUCCGCAAGCUGGUGGACUACGAGACGACACCGGACGAGGCGGAGAUCGAGUCGCUGUCGAAGCUGCUGCGCACGGUCGGUGCCAACCUCGACGGCACGGACAAGGGCCGCCCGAUGAUGGACGCGUACUUUGUUAGGAUCAAGAAUGUCAUUGACAUCCCCGACCUGCCGAGCCGUCUCAAGUUCAUGCUGAUGGACGUGGUCGACCUGCGCAACCGCAACUGGGUGUCGACCGAGGCCAACAAGGGCCCCAAGACGCUCGAGGAGGUGCGCCAGGACGCCGAGGCGGACGCCGCCGCCAAGGCCCUCGAGGCCGCGCGCAGCACGAGCCAGCGCGGCGCCGGUGGCCGUCCUGGCCUGGGCCGGGGCGACUCGCGCAACUUCUCGUACAACCAGCCCAUCCCCAACCAGGUGGGCAUGGACGACCUGCGGCGUCUCAAGGGCUCGGCGAGCCGCAUCGCCAGCUCGAGCGUGACCACGCUGGGCCCUACGUCCAUGUUUGCGUCCCGUAGCAACAGCGGCCGGCGGAACGUCCCUGGUGGUUCGUUCGGGCGUCCUGGCGACGACUCUGGCCCGGCCUCCCGCACCAGCACGCCCCCGACGCGCCAGGACUCCAACACUGUCUCGCACUCGAACGCUUUUGAAGCCCUCGCCAAUGUAGACACGGAAAGCCCGGCGUCGCCUCCCUCGACUGCGGCGUCCCCUGCCCUGACCAAGUCCAGCCUCGACAAGGUCAGCAAGUAG